CAAUUCUUCUGAUGAAGUGGGUUUUACCCGGAAAGCUCAUCCUUCUCUGUAUUUUGAUCACAUUUUGAGGAAUAUAGAGGAAUACAGACUCGUUGUCCCAAUCAGCACAGAUUCCGAGGGCAGGUUCCUCUCUAACCUGGUGUCUGGAUCUCCAAAGGGGCGCUUCCGAAGAGAUGCUGAGGAUGUGCAACAUGAAGAUUCCAACCAGCUACUAUUUUAUAAUGUCACUGUAUUUGGAAGAGAGUUUCACUUCAGGCUGAGGCCGAACUCUAGGUUGGUUGCUCCCGGAGCAACAAUUGAAUGGCAAGAGGAUUCUGACAUGACUCAUAUUGAACCACUCCAUGGGAAUUGCCUAUAUGUUGGGGAUAUCACUGAUUUGCCUAACGCGUCAGUUGCUAUAAGCAACUGUGAUGGGCUGGCUGGCAUGAUUCGCACAGACAAGGACGAGUUCUUCAUUGAGCCUCUGGAGAAGGGCAAUCAAGAGGAAGACGGAGGCAGGAUGCACGUGGUGUAUCGCAGAGGAGCUGCUGAGACGCCACUUCCCACUGAGAACACAGCUAUCCAGUAUAAAGCACCUGACCUGAGUAAUCUGGAUAACCUUGUCAGUAUGCUGAGCCUUGUUGAAGACCGAGUCAAUAGCUCAAGAAGGAGGUAUCGGAGGCAUGCAACUGAUGAUGACUACAACAUCGAAGUUCUUCUGGGAGUUGAUGACUCGGUUGUACAGUUCCAUGGAAAGGAACAUGUACAGAAGUACCUUCUGACCCUGAUGAAUAUCGUUAAUGAAAUCUACCAUGACGAGUCCUUAGGUGCCCACAUUAAUGUUGUUUUGGUGAGGAUAAUCAUGUUGAGCUAUGGAAAAUCCAUGAGCUUAAUAGAGAUUGGGAACCCUUCCCAGAGUUUGGAAAAUGUAUGUCGCUGGGCCUAUCUGCAACAGAAGUCUGACACUGCACAUGCAGAGUAUCAUGACCAUGCUAUAUUUCUUACAAGGCAGGAUUUUGGCCCGUCUGGCAUGCAAGGCUAUGCGCCAGUAACUGGAAUGUGCCAUCCUGUACGGAGUUGCACCCUGAACCAUGAAGAUGGUUUUUCCUCUGCAUUUGUGGUGGCCCAUGAAACGGGGCACGUAUUAGGCAUGGAACAUGAUGGGCAGGGCAACAGGUGUGGGGAUGAGGUCCGAUUGGGGAGCAUCAUGGCCCCUCUUGUCCAGGCUGCGUUCCAUCGCUUCCACUGGUCUCGCUGUAGCCAACAAGAGCUGAACAGAUAUCUACAUUCCUAUGAUUGUCUGCGCGAUGAUCCUUUUGAACAUGAUUGGCCUUCCCUUCCCCAACUGCCAGGAAUUCACUACUCCAUGAACGAGCAAUGUCGUUUUGAUUUUGGUUUGGGCUACAUGAUGUGCACGGCUUUCCGUACAUUUGAUCCCUGCAAGCAGCUGUGGUGUAGCCAUCCCGAUAACCCUUAUUUCUGCAAAACAAAGAAGGGGCCCCCACUGGAUGGGACCAUGUGCGCACCUGGAAAGCACUGCUUUAAAGGUCACUGCAUCUGGUUAACUCCAGAUAUCUUGAAACAGGAUGGAAACUGGGGGGCAUGGAGUAAGUUUGGCUCCUGUUCUCGAUCCUGCGGUACAGGGGUAAAAUACAGGACACGGCAAUGUGACAAUCCACACCCAGCUAACGGAGGCCGUACAUGCUCGGGGCCAACCUAUGAGUUCCAGCUUUGCAACACUCAAGAUUGUUCUAAGGAGUUUGAUGACUUCAGAGAGGAACAGUGCAGACAAUGGGAUCCUUAUUUUGAAUAUCAAAAUACAAAGCACCAUUGGCUCCCAUAUGAGCAUGUCGAUGCUAAAGAAAGGUGCCACCUGUACUGUGAGUCCAAGGAGACCAGCGACGUCGUGUAUAUGAAACGAAUGGUACACGAUGGGACCCGCUGCUCGUAUAAAGAUCUGUACAGCAUCUGCGUGCGAGGGGAUUGUUUGAAAGUUGGAUGUGACAGGGUCAUAGGUUCCUCUAAGCAGGAGGAUAAGUGCGGUGUCUGUGGAGGAGAUAACUCCCACUGCAAGGUGGUGAAAGGGACAUUCUCCCGGGCACCGAAGAAACAAGGUCAGUUCACUCAAGUUGUAUUGUUCUGGGUGGAUGAUUUCAGUGAGUUCUUUUGUUUGUUCGUGCUGGAUCUCUUUGUUCCCAUGACAAGGGCAGACCUACUGCAGAGAGCUCCAGGCUUAGCUAUUCUAGCAGGCACUGUUGGAAUUUUAUCCUUGAGAUGCACCUGGAGUUUGGAAGUAUGUGAAGACCUUUUUCCAGGUGUUCAUCCCUCUAUAUCAGAACUUGGCAAGAGAUGGCCUGAGGGCUGUAUCUGGCCCGCCUAACACUUUGAUCCAGCCCGUGAACUGCAUCUGGCUUCUUUCUAUCUAUAUUUUGCUGCCCAUGCCACCAAAUUUCCAGG